AUGCCCACUAGAGGACGCGGACUCUGGGUCUUCCAGGACCAGUACGACUUUCUCACUGCUUACCUAUGCGACCCUGAGUUCUACCUUAUUCUCGGCCUCACAGUCUGUGCAUAUAUCGCGUGGGGCUCAGACGUCAGUCGUCGCCAUGAACGCACCAACCAAGAACUCACCCAAAAGUUCAACAAGCUGAAGGCUUUCUUUUUAACUGUUCUCUCGGUCUUGAGUCUUAUGUUUCUUCAUGGAAGAUCGUUUCCUGAUAAGAAGGCCUUUAUGAACUGUCAGGUUGAUUAUACAGAUUGGUGCAGUGAGAUGGCACCUGGUAAGGUCUGGUUAGGAAUGGUGGCCUCUGGGGAUGUCUACGCUAUCAAUGAGUUCAAGUGGCCGGAUGCGACUCGAGCGAUAGGAGAAGUACCGCAGCCUUCGAUCAAAUAG